UUUAGCCAGAUGGUAGAGAUUUGUUUUGGGCGCAAUUUUUCCGUAGCUUCAGCAUGCCAUGGCGUGCCCUUGCCAUUGGCACCUUCAUUCUGGUGCACCAGACACUCGCGUGGUCAGGCGAGGGCCAUCUCCAGGUGGCCUUGGUCGCGCAGCACUUCCUCCGAGAGAAGCUCCGCCACAAGGUGAAGGAUCUUCUCAAAGGAGAUCUCGUGGACUUCGCCCACUACGAGGAGAGGCUGACCGUGGCGAACAGCACGAUGUGCCACUUCCAUCAUCAAAGCCCCGAGUGGCAGUGUGGACAGGGCAUCGGAAGACAGGGGAAGGUGCACUGUGAUGGUUCCGAAGCAGGCUACUUUUCCCUUCUUUGUGCAGUUGGCUUAACCUUCCAGAAGUUCGCACAUGAUGCGUUGAUGCAAGAGUAUCCCAAGUCGGACUACUUCAAGAUGCCGAAACCGUCGGAUUACUGGUCCAACUUCAAGCGGCUUCCAGAGGCGGCGCAAUACACGGAGAUGCUCAAAACACCGGAAGACGAGCUGCGAUGGCUCGCCAUCUUCAUCGGGGACAUGCAUCAGCCGCUGCACUGGCUGCGUGGCGACUUCGACUACGGGAAGAACCUCACGGUGGUGAUCCGUGGCCAGGAUCAUUCUCUCUUUGACUUCUGGGAGACAGAGCUCCCAAUGGAGUUCCAGCUCCAUGAUUUUGCCAUCUUCGAUCGCAAGGGCAGGAUGAUGAAGAAGCUCCAGCACUUCUCAAAGCAUCCGGGAGAAGUCUUUGCCACCUGGGGAAGUGAUCAGUCCAAAGUGGUGUGUCAGCAGAUCUAUGAUAAGCUGAACGUUACGCAAGGGCAAACACAACCCUUGGCUGAGUGUGGUGCUGGACACCGAGACGGUCCGUCAGUGGCGCAUCCUCUACGAGACGCAAGUCUUGGAAGCGGGCGAGCGCCUGGCACAAGUCAUGGCAGAGCUGCUCAUGCACAGGAAGCACGCAGCAGGCCACAAGCACGGAAGAGGUUCACACCAUCCAAAGCUGUCCACGACGCAUCACUUGGUGACCAACGUCGCGAUUGCCAUACCUACAGUGCUGCUGUGGCUUCUGGCUCUCCACUGGCAUUUGGAGGGGAAACUCCCCAAAUCACUUCCAAAGAUUGACAUUGCAAAGAAAAACUGACCGGCGGGCAGAGGUCAACGUCAUGGUGGCCUCGCAACGAAAAAGGUUGGGG